AUGGCUAAGAAGAAAGUUAUCACACCUCCAGGUGCGAAAAAAGUGCAAAUCAACAAUACAACAACCACAUCAUCAUCAUCAGAAUUACCACCAAAUUAUAAAAAAGGUAUAAAGAGACCAUAUUUCUCCACAAUAAUCCCAGAAAAGGACAUCCUCGAUGCAAAGAGCACAAAGUUUGAUUACAUUAUAGUUACUCUCCUAACAAUACUUGGUUUUUAUAUCAGAAUCAUAGGAAUAAACAAACCAAACUCAAUAAUUUUUGAUGAAAUCCAUAUAGUUCGUCAUGUUAAUGAUUAUUUAAACGGGACUUUUUUCCUUGAUAUAACACCACCAUUCAGUAAGAUGUUUUAUGCAUUUAUAGCUAGAGUAUUGGGUUAUAAAGGUGAUUCAACAAAUUUAACAACACCUGGUCAAAGUUUCCAAAAUACUGAUUUCCCAUUCAUUGGUCUAAGAACUGUUUCUGCAAUCUUGGGUGCUGGUGUUGUUCCUUUAACUUUUUUCACACUUAGAAGUACUGGUUCCAGGCCAUUAAUUGCUGGGUUUGGCUCAUUGCUUGUUGUUUUUGAAAAUUCUUUUAUUGUCUCUUCAAGAUUAUUUAUGGCUGAUUCUAUUUCAUUAUUCUUGUUAGCAUUAGGGAUCUUUGCAUUUAAAAAAUUUCAAUUAACUUCACCAUUCACUAAGGAUUGGGCAAGAUUUUUGGUUUUGACAGGUAUUUCAUUAGGUUUAGGGAUUUCUACAAAAUGGAUUGGAUUUUCCACUAUUGUAUGGGUUGGUAUUAUCACAGUACAACAAUUGUGGUAUUUAUUUGGUGAUAUUGAAGUUUCAAACUGUAAAUUAGUCAAACAUGUUUCAUCAAGAAUCUCAUUAUUAUUGAUUUCACCAAUUGUGAUAUAUUUAGGUGUUUUCGCUAUUCAUAUUUUGUUAUUAAACCAAACAACCCCAGAUUCAUCAUUAUUAACUACCCAUUUCCAACGUACAAUGUCUGGUAAUGAUAUUUAUGAUUUACCUAAAUACGUCACAUUUGGAAGCACAGUUACACUUAGACAUUCAGAAUCACUUGGUGGGUUUUUACAUUCACAUCCAUAUCCUUACAAGAGUGGUUCACAUAAUCAACAAGUUACAGUUUUUGAUUAUAAAGAUUAUAAUAAUGAAUGGAUCAUUGAACCAACUGGUAAUGUUGAUGAGAAUGACAAGAGAUUAAGAGGUGAUACUGUUGUGAAAUUAAGACAUAAAAACACUGGUGCUUUAUUAAGAGUUGAUAAUUUUAAACCACCAAUCUCUGAACAAGAGUAUGAUUUUGAAGUUAGUUGUUUUGGUGAUUAUGAAUACCAAGGUAAUGAUACUGAUGUUUUCUUGUUGAAGAUUGAUGAUGAUUCCAAAUCAAAAGAUUUUGUUAAAUCAUCAGAAACUCAAUUUAGAUUAUGGAACAAGAAGAAGAGAUGUACAGUUAUAAGUCAUGAUUUGAAAUUACCAGAAUGGGGGUUUGGACAACAAGAAGUGUUAUGUAUUGAAAGUCCAACUGUUGCAAGAACUUUAUUUACAAUUGAAACUGUUAAAUAUCCUCAAGAUGUUGAUUUCACUGGAAACCCUGAAUUAUUGGAAAAAGUUGAAGAGAUUAAGCCAUCAUUUUGGUCAAAAUUCCUAGAGUUGAAUACUAAAAUGAUGAGAAUUUUCCAAUCCAUAAAGCCAAAAAACAACAAUUCACCAGAUCCAUCAAGUUGGCCAAUGUUACCAAGUGGGUUAAGAUAUUUCACAAGACCUAAAUCGGCAAUAUAUUUCAUUGGUAAUCCAAUCAUUUGGUGGUUAAGUAUUAUGUUGAUGCCAAGUUUUAUAUUUAUUAGAAUUGUUGAUUUUUUCCGUAUUGAUAAUAAUACAAACAGUAUUAGAUAUAAAGCCCAUACAUUGACUUUCCUUGUUGGUUGGUUUUUACAUUUUAUUCCAUAUGUUAUAAAUGAAGGUGAAUUUUUCAUUUCAUAUUAUAUACCUUCAUUAUAUUUUGGGAUUUUAAUAAUUGGAUCCACAUUUGAAUAUAUUUAUUUCAAGAAUGCCAAAUUGGGGAAUACGUUGAUUGUUAUCACAAUAUUAUUUGCAUAUUAUUUCUAUUCAACACUAACACCAAUAACAUAUGGAUCCAAUUGGGAUGUUACAAGUUGUCAACAAUCAAAAUUAUUAGAUACAUGGAACUACAGUUGUGAUAUAUAUAAAUGA